AAAAGAUCAUCCUAGAAUACAAUUACUAUAUAUAAAAGAUGAACCUUGUUCCAAUCACAGACACUGCAAUAUUCUGAUACACAAGUUUCAAGUGCUGAUACACAAAGUUCAAGAACUUCUCAUCAGAUCCAUAGAACAUGGAAGAUUCAUUGGAGAAUUGGAUUUCCAAUCUGUUGUCACAGGAAAUGGAAGACUAUGAUGCUGUGUUGAGUGAGAGCAAUGUUUCAUUUGAUGAGCAACAGUUUCUGAGAGAGAUUCUUGAGGAGCCACAGAAUCUGAGUCCCAGCAACAGCAGUGUGUCAUUUGAUGAGGCAAUUGGUGACACUCUGCACAAAAGCUACAGUUCAAACUCCAUCAAGUCUUUGAAAACAUCAUCAUCAUCAUAUGGCUCUGCAGCCACCAGAUACCUUCUCUCUUUUGAUACUUCAACUGCUGAGCCAAUCACAGAUCAUAAGCAUGGUUCAUCAGUGCAGGGAUGUUGCAGUAAAAAAAGGGGUGGUGGUGCUGUGGUGAAAGAUGGAGCUGAGUUUGAAGCAGUUAUGGCUCAGCCAAGAAAGAGGGUUAGAAGGUCUUGUGAGACACAGCAUCACAUCAUGGCUGAGAGGAAAAGGAGACAGGAACUCACGGGGAGCAUCAUAGCACUUUCAGCCACCAUUCCUGGACUCAAGAGGAUGGACAAGGCUUAUGUACUUCGUGAAGCAGUGAAUUACACAAGACAACUUCAAGAGAGAGUGAAAGAGUUGGAAAAUCAAAACAGUGAGAAAAAAGUAGUACAUCAUUCAUCAACGUUGGUAACAAAAUCUCAAGUCUCCUCCUCAAACAAAAGCAGUGAAACCAACAAAGAAUCACUGUUCGAGGUUGAAGCAAGAGUCCUAGACGAGGAAGUACUCAUUGGAAUCCAUUGUGAGAAGCAAAAGGACAUAGUCUGCAACAUACUUGCUUUUCUUGAAAAGCUUCAUCUUUCCCCAACCAGUAGCAGUGUAUUACCAUUCGGCACUUCUACUCUUAUAAUCCACAUCAUUUCCCAGAUGGAUGAGGAAUGCAGAAUGAACAUGGAUGAGCUAGUGAAGAAUAUGAGAGAAUAUCUGUUGGAUGUGUAUGACAUGCAACAGUGAGUUUGUGAUCCGUGCUAGUGCAUCAAACAUGUUCUUGGAUUGUCUACCAUUGAGAGAAAAAAAAAAUACAUCAAGUUUAUGGAUUGUACUAUGGAUUGUGAUGUGAAGCUGUGCUCUGGUGGUUUGGUUUGGUUUUUCUUAUGAAACAAUUGAAACCUGUGAACAUGGUUUGUUAAUAUUCACGUGCUGUAGUGUCAAGAUCUUAGGUUUGUGUACAUAUACAAACAAUGUUUCAUCAUAAACAUUUUAAUAUAUUGUUUAGUAUUUUCAUCUUUUAAUUGAA